AUGGCCACCAACGGAACCAACAACACCAAAGCGCCGCUCCGGAUCGUCGUGGGCAGCGACAACGCCGGCCACGCUUACAAGACGGCGCUGAAAGAGACUCUCAAGAAACACCGGGGUGUGACCCAGGUUCUGGACGUGGGCGUGCUCGACGCCGACGACGGCACAGCGUAUCCGCAUCUGGCGGUCGACGCAGCCAAGAAGAUCAAGUCGGGAGAGGCCGACCGCGCACUUCUGAUUUGCGGCACCGGGCUCGGCGUCGCCAUCUCGGCCAACAAGGUCGAGGGCAUCCGCGCCGUGACCGCCCACGACCCGUACAGCGUCGAGCGAAGCGUGCUGUCCAACAACGCCCAGGUCCUGUGUUUCGGCCAGCGCGUCAUCGGCCUCGAGUUGGCCAAGAAGCUCGUCGACGAGUGGGUCGAAUUGCGCUUCGACGAGCAGAGCGCGAGCGCCGAGAAGGUCGCGCAUAUCUCCAAGUAUGAGGAGAAGUUCGGUGAGCUGUAA